AUGGAUCUUCAUGGACUGGCAGACCAUGAAAAUACCACAUUUGAACAGGUGGACAUCGCCUCGGAGUUCCUGACGCCCGCCCGUCCGUCGACUACCGGUGCUCGAAGCUCCAUCUGGGAGUGGGCCCCUCCACCUAUCUGGGAGUCGCGUUGGGCCUCGCUUUAUGUCCAUUCUCGCCCAUUGAAGGGGCCAUGGCCGAAAUCAAGGAUCCGCUUGUACAUAUGCAUGUACUUUGUCCUCGUACCCGUCGGGCACCGGGGUCAAUCGCAUUCGCUCUUCUAUCAUGGAUCAUCCCAAGACGUCCACGUGGCCGGUGGAAGAGCAGGAAUGGUCACUGCCCACCUAGGGAUCUCCACGAUCUACACCAGCACGCGUACCCACGAGAUCGGAGGUACAUUCCCUGAGCCUGAAUACGGUAUGAUUCAUAUUGACCGAUUGUGGCAUGCUGUAAGAAGUUUAAUAAACAUGCACUACGUGCCGAUCUACGGUCAUCUGACAUCAUCCCGUAUGGGCGGAGAGACUAUUGAUGCACGAGAAGCCUUUGACUUAGUACUAUCGCCUUCUUUUGCGCAAAAUCGGACGAUCUAUAGUCAUGCCUACCAUGGUUACCAUGUCCUUGAGAAAAUGGUCAGACUAUCAUGA